AGCGCCGCUCAAUUUUAUUUUCAACGGACAACUCAUCAAGAUCCUUGACCCUUUUUCAUUUCGCUUCUAUUCCCGAUCCAGAUAGGCGGGCAGAGCGAGCGAAAAUGAACCCAGACGAAGGCGUUCGUGGAGCACUACUUCUCGACUUUCGAAACCGAGCGGCGUUGGCGAACUUGUACCGGGAGAGCUCCAUGCUGACCUUCGAAGUCCAGAAGAUCCAGAGCUCGCAGAACAUUGUGGCCAAGCUCACCAGCCUCCCCUUCCAGCAGUGCAAGCACGCCAUCACCACCACGACGGCAAUCUUCAGCUCGCUGGUGAACAACACGCGCUCAGAUUCAGUCAGAGAGACUACAGAGAGGUCCAGUGAGGGUUUAGAAAGAGAGAGAUCAAUCAAUUGGAAGAAGAAGAAGAAAAAGAUGUCGGAUUGGGGGCCGGUGUUUGUGGCCGUGGUGCUCUUCAUACUGCUCACGCCGGGGUUACUGAUUCAGAUGCCGGGGAAAAACCGCUACGUAGAAUUUGGCAACUUACAGACGAGUGGAGUGUCCAUUCUGGUUCAUUCCGUCCUCUAUUUUGCUCUAAUGUGCAUCUUCUUGUUAGCUAUUGGAGUCCACAUGUACCUGGGCUCAUAGAUCCCAGAAUAAACACCAUCCAUAUCUGCAAGUUCCCGAGCUAGUGGUAACGUUGUGUGCUUCUAAUCUCUGUUGUCAUGUCCCAUCGAUUUCUUCUGUAAUGAAAAUUGAAAUUGUGUGCUUCUAUUACUUCUAUUGCAAUUUUUCCAUUGAUUCUCCCUAUUAAUGACAAAUGGUUUGAGUUUGACUUGUUUGUAUGCAUAGUUCUUAACCACUCAAAUUCACCCGAUCCAAAAUUCUACCGAGACUAUACAGGAUGAUAUGCAAUUUCACAUGGCAUAUUGCCUUGUGGUUUGCACAUCUCUGUCUCUCCCUUUUCUUUUUUCUUUUUUAAUGAGCAAAAGAGGACAACAAUAUAACAGAAAAUAUGGUCACGGUGGACUGAAUUCAAAAUUGGGAUGAAGAAUUUGGGUUGGAUGGAAUGUAUAUAUGAAUGCUUGACAAGGAUAUUGUUGGAAAUGGGGCUAUGCUUGACAAGAAUUUGGGUGGAUGCCAUCUCAUUUUCAACAAUGUUAAUGUAGUUGGAGUGAUCAGGAAGGAUCUGCGCGAUAAGACUAGAUGGGGAAAGUAUAAAAUUUUCAAAGUACGGUGAACAUUACACGCUAGAGGCAAAUCUUGAAUCUAUGCGUUACUUUAAUUAGGUUAUCAGGCUCAUGGGCACCGUCUGAACAAAAGGCUGAAAAGGCCAUACAUUCGAUGCCUUAAUGUAUAGCGAGUGAUUGGUAGAGGGUGAAAACAAGCACAAAAUCUUAGGGGAUGUUUGGAAACAUUGUAUAUCAUCUCAUCUCAUUGUAUUUCAUCUCAUCUCAUCUCAUUCUUCAAGCAUCGCUUAAUCUUUGAUUUGAGCAGGGAAGAGGGAUCAUUUUUGCUAUGCAAAUUUGAUGCUUAGAAGGCCGUUUGAGAUUUCUUCAAAUUGUCUAUAUUAAGUGAAAAUCAAAAUAUAUAGUCGUGUAAGCAAACCAAAGUGACAGUUAUUUCUAGCGGCGGUGAUAUCUGGAUUGAACUGAUCAUGAUGACUGGUGGGGAGAAACAGGGCGAGUAAGCGCCAUCCUCUGUUCUUUAUGUAAUUUGUAGCCACGCUCCAAUCAAAGAAGAUACAAACAAACAUGUUGUGUUUGUUCGCAUCUGAAACAGAGCAUCACAGCCGAGGUAAUUUGUAAUCAUUCAUUUUUCGAGAACCGUACGGUCGUUUGUCUUCCUGCAGUUGUAACUUAAACUGCUGAAUCAAGGACGAUAUUAUCAUGGAUCA